AGGUUUGUUUAGAGUAUGACCAGCAUUUUGAACUCUUUCUUAUCGGAACGUGUCUUAAAAAUCUAAAAAGGGUGAAAUUUUUAUAAUUUAUUGUAAUAAAUUACCAGUUCGGUUUCUUGUUGGUGAAGUUGAUCCGAAAUGGUUACAUCCGGCCCUGUGAAGGACGUUUCAGCGUUUCUUACAAGCAAGCAACAGCAAUUUGCUUCAGACGAAGCUCUCCUGAAAGAAUGGAACGAUAUCGAAGAGAUGUACAACAAGAAAUUGUGGCACCAACUGACUCUAAAGCUACUCAAUAUUGUGAAGUAUCCUAGCCUGCAAAAGAAUGAGGAGCUUUUAAGCCUCUACAACAAUUUUAUUCAGAUUAUCGAGACUCGAAUUAAUCCUCUUGCUCUAGUAGAAAUGUUGGUGGAGGUUGUGAAGCAGUUUAAAGACCCUAAAGAAGCUAUUGCCCUUUUGGAAGCUACAGAAACGAAAGUGAAACACAAGCAAGAAGCUGUAAUUCUAUGCCAAAUUUUAGAAGGUCAAAUUAAAUUAGAAAAAUUGAAUGAUCAAGAAGCAACGCUAAAGCAGAUCGAGGAGAUAGACAAGCUCAUGAACGAGCUUGAUGGAGUAACGUCUGUUCAUGCUCGAUAUUAUUUGUUAGCAAGUCAAGUGUAUCGACUGCAAGGGAAAUUUGCAGAAUAUUAUCAGUCUGCUUUGAAAUACCUUGGUUGUAUAGAACUGUCUGACCUCUCUGCCAAAGAACAGGUGCAACAUGGGUUCUUGUUAGGGUUAGCCGCCCUUCUAGGAGAAAGUAUCUACAAUCUUGGUGAGCUUCUGGCCCACCCCAUCCUAGACUCACUGAAAUCCACACCCAAUUGGUGGUUAGUAGAGCUUCUUUACGCCUUUAAUGCUGGUGACAUUGCGAAAUUUGAGAAAAUGAAGCCGAAAUGGAGUUCAAUUCCAGAUAUUGCGACUCAGGAAAUUAAGCUAAGACAAAAAAUUUCUCUUCUAUGCCUCAUGGAAAUGGCUUUCAAGAAACCAUCAAACAAUCGGAGACUAACCUUCAAUGAAAUUGCUGCGGAGUCCAAGCUACCGUUGAGUGACGUCGAGCACUUAGUAAUGAAAGCACUCUCGCUCGGAUUGAUCAAAGGAUCCAUUGAUCAGGUUGCGUCCAUUGUCAAUAUUACCUGGGUCCAACCUCGUGUACUUGAUAAAUCUCAAUUGGCCAACAUGAUUCAGCGUCUGGAUGUCUGGUGCAAAGACGUGAAAAGUAUGGAACACCUCAUGGAAAACAAAGCUCAAGAUAUCUUGACCCUCUAAUGUGUGCCCCAUCAAAGGGGUGAGUAUGAAAAAUUUAAUCAUGUUCUCUCAGUCACUGAAACUGGCAUACUGAAAAUUUUCUGUAUUUUUUUAAUGUAACAUUUUAAAACUUAAUUAUGUAAAUAAAUAAAUUUAAGGUUUUUUUGCUA